UCCUUUUUCAAUCAGCCCGCAGAGCACUACCCGCCCACGCGGAGAGACAUUCUCACAUACGCGCUUUACUACAGUAUCUUCUUUUCCUCCUUUGGAUUCUCCGGAUCUUCAACUCCGGUCAAAAGAUCUCCCGAUUGUCGGCGCAACUCCGACCACAGAAGAGUAUCAAACACUUUGGUCACAAAUGGCAACCAGCACCAUCCGCAAAGCGAUCGGCGCCGUCAAAGAUCAAACAAGCAUAAGCAUAGCCAAAGUCGCUGGUAACAUAGCGCCGGACCUCGAAGUUUUGGUCGUUAAAGUUACUAGCCAUGAUGAAGACCCUGCCGAUGAGAAGUACAUUAGAGAGAUUAUAAACCUUACUUCUUAUUCUAGGGGUUAUGUUAGUGCUUGUGUGGCUACUGUAUCUAGACGCUUAAGCAAAACCCAUGAUUGGAUUGUGGCCAUCAAGGCUUUGAUGCUUCUUCAUAGGCUUCUGGUCGAUGGCCACCCUUCAUUUGAGGAGGAGAUUGUGUAUGCCACCAGGAGUGGGAUGCGUGUUUUGAAUAUGUCGGGUUUUAGAGAUGAGGCACACUCCCAUUCCUGGGAUCAUGCGGCAUUUGUCAGGUUUUAUGCAAUGUAUCUUGAUGAGAAACUUGAGGUUGCAAUUUCUGAGAGAAAAUUGAAAGCCAGUGAAAGGAAAUAUGAUGAGAGUGAUGAUGGGUUUGGACAAAGAGAAUAUAGGGACGAUUUUGAUUAUGGGAUGCCCAGAUCAAGGUCUUAUGGUGAUUUGAAUGAUGAUUCAGUUGGAAAAGAACAGAGGAGAGAGGCUACUCCAAUUAGACAAAUGAGGCCAGAGAGGAUUUUGAACAAAUUGAACCAGCUUUUGAGGAUGCUUGAUAGAGUUUUGGCUUGUAGGCCAACGGGGAUGGCUAAGAAUAGCAGGUUGAUUCUCGUGUCAAUUUACAGGGUAGUGAAGGAGAGUUUUGGUCUUUAUGUUGAUAUAUGCGUGGCAUUGGGGAUGGUGUUGGAUAGAUUUACUGAGAUGGAGUAUGCAGGUUGUGUUAAGGGAUUUGAUAUGUAUGUUAGUGCAGCAAGGAUGAUAGAUGAACUUGUUGGGUUUUAUGGUUGGUGCAAGGAUGUUGGGAUUGCAAGAUCAUCUGAGUUCCCUGCCGUGCAGAGAAUUACCGAUCAGCUGUUGGGAACACUUGAAGGAUUUUUGAAAGAAAAGACUAACAUGCCAUCUAAGAGUCCUGUGAGAAGUACGGAGGAGAAGGUUCCAAUUAAGCAAGAAUUGGAACCAGAUAUGAAUGAGGUCAAGGCUCUUCCUCCACCAGAGAAUUAUACCUCUCGACCCCCUCCAGAGCCACGGCCAAAGCCACAACUGCAGCAGGUCACAGAAGAUUUGGUGAAUUUGAGGGAUGAUGCAGUUUCAGCUGAUGAUCAGGGCAACAAAUUGGCUCUGGCUUUGUUCUCUGGACCACCAAUUGCCAGUACAAAUGGUUCAUGGGAAGCAUUCCCAUCAAAUGGAGAUUCUGAAGUGACUUCAGCAUGGCAGACACCAGCUGCUGAGAGUGGUAAAGCAGACUGGGAAUUGGCAUUGGUGGAAUCCACUAGUAAUCUAUCCAAUCAGAAAGCAAUUUUAGGGGGUGGUAUGGAUCCACUACUAUUAAACGGAAUGUAUGAUCACGGGGCAGUGAGGCAGCAUGUGAACGCUACUCAAUUGAGUGGUGGGAGUGCAAGUAGUGUGGCAUUGCCUGGCCCAGGGAAGAGUGCAACGCCAGUAUUGGCAUUGCCUGCACCUGAUGGGACGGUCCAGCCAGUUGGGAACCAUGAUCCAUUUGCUGCAUCCCUUGCAGUUCCACCCCCUUCAUAUGUGCAGAUAGCAGACAUGGAGAGGAAGCAGCACUUGCUGCUUCAGGAACAGCAGAUAUGGAAACAAUAUGGAAGGGAUGGAAUGCAUGGCCAAGUGGGUUUGGCUAAUAUUAGCGGAUAUUCAGCGUACUAUGGCCCGAGUCCUCAAUCUAUGAUGAUGCCUUAUGGGAUGCCACAGGUCAGUGGUUUGAGACAGCCAGGAGGUUACUACUACACGCACUAUUGAAGUUUUUUGUCUUAAUGACUUGCUGCUUCUUUCUGUGAUGCACAUUACUAUGAUAUGCUUAUUUCCAACCUUUUUGCCAAGUGUUUAUAUAUAAGGUUAAUGCCGCUUGCCAUUGUUAAUCUGUGUGUAACCAUUUGCAUCAGAGGGGGUGAGAAACGUACAAAGUUUCAACAUAGUGUGUUGCUUUGUCUGAUGGGCAGUUGCUUUUGUAUCUUUUUGCCAUCAAUUUCAUUCUGUCAUAAAAAACCAUAAAGUUUUGUUCA